AAACUUUGCAAAUCUCAUGAAGGUUUUGGUAGCCGUCAAGCGCGUGGUAGACUACGCCGUCAAGGUCCGUGUGACACCCGCGGGUGUGGACCUCAACAAUGUCAAGAUGAGCAUGAAUCCGUUCUGUGAGAUCGCGGUGGAAGAAGCGAUCCGGUUGAAGGAAAAGAAGGUCGCGACGGAAGUUGUGGCGGUGUCCAUUGGACCCAAGCAGUCCCAGGAAACCCUGCGCACGGCCUUGGCCAUGGGCGCGGACCGCGGCAUUCACAUCGAGACGGACUUGCGUCUCGACCAAGAGUUGCAACCCCUUGCCGUCGCCAAGCUUCUCGCCAAGGUCGUUGAAGCCGAGAAGCCCGACUUUAUCGUGCUUGGCAAGCAAAGCAUCGACUCGGACGCGGCGCAGACUGGUGCGUUCCUCGCGGGGUUGUUGAACUAUCCCCAAGCUACGUUUGCCUCGAAAUUGGAAAUCGCCGACAAGAAGGCAUUGAUCACUCGUGAAACGGAUGCCGGCGUGGAAACGCUGGAAGCCUCGCUCCCGUUGGUGUUGACGGCCGACCUGCGCUUGAACCAACCUCGUUAUGCGACCCUGCCCAACAUCAUGAAGGCCAAGAAGAAGCCCAUCGAUUCCAAGCCCAUCGCGGACUAUGGCGUCGACGUGACCCCUCGCAUCCAGACGGUGUCCGUCGCCGAACCCACGGCGCGAAAGGCCGGGAUCACCGUCCCGGAUGUCGCGACCUUGGUCGACAAGCUCAAGAACGAAGCGGGAGUCAUUUAGAUACAUCCUAAAGUUGCAUCUACAUCAGCCUUCUUGGUCCUUUUGCUUGAUCAUAUAAGCAAAACGGCGAAAGCGAAACUGUCAGAUUAAUACCGGAUCCGGAUAGUGACCUCUUUUUUAUUCGCACUUGGAAUCUACUGAACUUCUUGUCAUUGAUUGGCUGAAAUGUUACAGAUACUCCCCAAUCAAAAAUUGUUUACCCCGCAAAGCGGGAUAUUAACCAAUCCAACAUCGUUAUUUCAGGUUUUAUGUGGAUAUUAGCCAAUCAAAUGAUCAUCCCGCGCAAUCAAUUGAACAUAAUAUUAGCCAACCAAAUGCAGUCCACUCGGCCAACUAUCUAUGAGCCUUACUAUUAAUAGUAAAUAUAUGAGAGUAUUUUUGCAAAGUUAUGCUUCAUGAAUGGAUAUGUACUAUAUUACUCUUCUAUUCCCCGUACUAAUACUAUUCCUACUCACGACGUUUUCCAUCCUGCGAAACAAACCUUGUUAACGUAACCAGAUCCACUUCAAGCCUUUAGUAGUCCCUUCCAUUACGUCCGCCGCCACCACGUCCGCUGCCGCGGGGGAUGGACCGGUGCGCGCCGCCGCGCGUCGGUUGAGUGACUGGCUUGGCGGCGGGAGUGGCAUAUGAAGGCCGGCGCUGGGCCGCCGUGAGCAGCUCUGUAAACGUCUGCUGGACACAACGAUGCACCUCGGCAUAUCUAAUCCAUUAUUAAAGACACUCGAG